GAGAGUGUACGUGAACGUGAUAGCGAUAUAGACUAUUGCAAAGGCAAUAAGGAGGGGUGAAGGCAGAAAGGGGACCUAGUAAGUAGAAUUACCGGACAAACAACCUUUUUUCUGGCGGGGGUUCGAACAAACAGAGCCCCAGAAGGAAAUGGCACCUCCCCGCUCGAAACGCUUUCUCUAGCCAACUUUUAUUAGUCCUAGUAUCUGGAUUACUUUUUUUUUAUCUUUGGAGAGUGCUUUCGCUUUUCAACAGUCUGUAUAUAUUUUGUUUCCUUUACUCGGCUCUGGAAGGAGGAUUUUUGUUCUCUGUGGGAUUUUCCGUGUAAGAGAUGACUGACAGGAGGCGAUCUGCCGCCGCGCUGAGUUCGAGGGCGCACGCCUUUUCGGUGGAAGCUCUUAUCGGGACGAACAAGAAGAGGAAACUCAGAGGCUGGGAGGAAAAGGAAUUGGAAUUGUCCAUGGAAAGCCUCGAUACCAACGGACCGUUAGGAGACGGCGAGGACCCUGCGCAUUGUCUGGAUAUUGACCCGGAUUCGGAGGCCAGCCCCGGCUCAGACAGUGAGGGCUUGGCCGAGAGGACGUCUUGUUCGUUCGGCUCCCCCUCGGACCUGACGCCCACCCCCUGCGACCCCUCACCAUCCUCCUCCUCCAUGGAGGAGAUCCAGGUGGAGCUGCAGUGCGCUGACCUCUGGAAGCGGUUCCACGACAUAGGCACGGAGAUGAUCAUCACGAAAGCCGGCAGGAGGAUGUUCCCCGCCAUGAGAGUGAAGAUAUUAGGCCUUGAUCCACACCAGCAGUACUACAUCGCCAUGGACAUAGUGCCAGUAGACAACAAAAGAUACAGAUAUGUGUACCACAGCUCCAAAUGGAUGGUGGCAGGCAACGCAGACUCCCCCGUCCCCCCGCGCGUCUACAUCCACCCUGACUCCCUGGCCUCCGGGGACACCUGGAUGAGGCAGGUGGUCAGCUUCGACAAGCUGAAGCUCACCAACAACGAGCUGGACGACCAGGGACAUGUCAUCCUGCACUCCAUGCAUAAGUACCAGCCGCGGGUUCAUGUCAUCCGGAAGGACUGCAGCAGCGACCUCUCGCCCACCAAGCCCGUCCCCAGCGGAGAGGGGGUCCGUACCUUCAGCUUCCCCGAGACCGUCUUCACCACCGUCACGGCCUACCAGAACCAGCAGAUCACCAGACUAAAGAUUGACCGGAACCCAUUCGCGAAAGGAUUCCGGGACUCUGGUAGAAACAGGACUGGACUGGAGGCGAUUAUGGAAACCUAUGCCUUCUGGAGGCCUCCAGUGCGAACUCUCACCUUUGAAGACUUCACCAACAUGCAGAAACAGCAGGGCGGGAGCACCGGCACCUCCCCCACCACCUCCAGCACGGGCACCCCGUCCCCGUCCGGGCCCUCCCACCUCCUGUCCCCCUCCUGCUCCCCGCCCACCUUUCACCUGGCCCCCAACACCUUCAACGUGGGCUGCAGAGAGAGCCAGCUGUGCAACCUCAACCUGUCCGAAUACCCGGCCUGCGCCCGCAGCAACAUGGCGGCCCUGCAGGGCUAUGGCGGGCUGGCUGAUGGCUCGUACGGCCGGCUGCAGACAGCAGGGGGCGCCGUGGGCUCCACCCAACCCUCCGACUCCUUCCUGCCCCAGAGGACUUCCUCCCUGAUCGCCGCGGGGAUGCAGGCCGGUGCGCACGUCUCGCUGCCCGGCAGCGGCGGCGGAGGUAAGAUGGACGCCUACGGCGGCCAGCUGGGGUCCUUCCCCGGCUCGCAGCUUCAGUACGUGAUGCAGGCGGGCGGCGGCUCGGCCCCCGGCCCCGGCCCCGGAGCCUCCUCCGGCUCCUCCGCCUCCUCGGCGCACAUGUUCGGCGGCGGCCACCACAUGCAGCAGGGAUCCUACAACGCCUUCUCCCUCCACAACCCCUACAACCUGUACGGAUACAACUUCCCCGGCUCCCCCCGCCUGGCCACCAGCCCCGAGAAGCUGACAGCGGCCCAGAGCGGCCUGCUCUGCUCCCCCUCUGCGGGCGGGGCCUUCGCGGAGCGCCAGUACCUGUCCAACGGGAUGGACGGGGUUCACAUGAUCGGCAGUCCCGCCGGCAGCCAGCAGGGGGCGAGCUCCUGUGAUGGCCGGCAGUACGGGUCCUCCUCCCAGAUGUCCGUGCACAUGGUGUAAACUGGAAGCACUGCCAUUGGCUGAUGAUGCUGAUGAUGAUGAUGAUGAUGAUGACCCGUGCUUGUCUUUUUCUUUGUUUGUCUCACGAUUUGAUUUUUUUCUUUCUUUCUCUGUUUCCAUGUUUUGUUAAUAAGUCUGUAAUCAAACGAAGGGAAAAUACAUGUCAUUAAUAUUUGUGAACCAUUAUCUGAUGUGACACUUACGUGCCGCCUGCUAAGCUACAAAACGGCAGACAUUUCUCACAAGGACUUUUCUCACAAUGUUUUAACGUUUUAAUUGACUGGCUGGAAGCAAGUCUAUUUUAUGUGCUGUUAUGGAAUUGCCUCUAGAAAAUGUUACUCUCUGUAUGUCUUGGACCCACUCACAGUGAUUUUUACCAUCACACACACACAGGUCUCUUGCUUGGAACAGCUGACGGAAAGGCCACACUGUGAGUCUAUUUUACGAUGGAUCACAAAUAUACCGGGAGGAAAGAAUAAAGUCUCUGUUUGACAGGACGUGUACUGCUCUCAGGCCUAAGCUGAACAUUUCACCAGCCCGGGCCUGACCACCAUGAGGAAAGGACGGGGUGAACAGAAACUGCAUAACCAAGGAGGAAAGAGAGUUUUGACCGAUGCACAGUUUUUACAGCCAUUGGCUGGGGCAUUUCAAUGGAAAGAGUGAGUAAUAGUGUAUGUCAUUGUGCUCGAAUGCAACACUUGGACAGACUUUGCCAAAGGACUCUAAAACCAAAAUGGAGGAAGGAGGAGGGGAGGUUGGACGAUAAAGGUGUCCACAACCGUGGGAACUGUCUGAGAGGACUGCAAGUGGUUCUGAAUCAUUCUGAGAAGGGUCCACAAUGGUUCUGAAUCUUGAGUGAGGCAGACAGCGAAUCUGAAUCCUUGAGUCGCAUCCAGAAUGAUUCUGAAUCUUUUCUAGCAAACCCGCAGAGAUCCAAAUCAUACUAAGAUGAGCCUACAAUGUUUCUGAAUCAUUGAUAUGGGCACACAAUGGUAAUCAUUCUCAGACCACUAUACAAUUUAACAGCAUGACAGUCUCCUGUCCCUUCUCCUGCUAUUCUGGCAGACCUCAUCAUAUAGAUUAUGUUUUUUGUUUCUUUUUGGAAUAUACAUGAUGGUGAGUGCAAGCAAAAUUAUAAGCUUUGAAGUUGUUGAGUGCAAAUACAAAAUAAGAAAAUGGAAAGUUUUAAGUAUGUUUUGGUGUGUUGUAGAUAACUGUAUUUAUAUGCCUAGCAAUAUUACAAUUACAUUGAUACCAAAGGGCCAGUGAGGUGUGUCUAGAAUGUAAAAUAAAAUGAAGCUUAAAAAAGAAGGAUAUCAAUGAAAAACAAGGCCUGCUACAAAAAGAACUGUAAAUAAAAGUGCCAAGCACAA